UUCCGCUUCUUCUUUACUUUUCUUAAUGGAUACUUCAUUAAUCAUUCGCAACUUAUCAGACAAAGUGACUGUGCAAGACAUCAAGGCAAUAAUGAAUGUCAUAUCUCCUAUUCAAUCCAUAAAAACUUUAAAAAAUCUACAGUGUGUAUUAAUAGAAUUUUAUGAUCACAAAGCAGCCGAACAGGCAUUUUAUAUGAUGAACGGGAGACCGAUACACAACCAAAUUAUAUCCAUCGACUGGAAUUAUGCAAACACAAACAUUAUUGUUGAUCCACUCGAUUCAAGUAUUACAGAAUCCAAUUUAUUCAAAGCUUUCGAGUCACUAGGCGCAAUUGAUACUUGUGUUAUGAAUGAGAACGAUCACUUUUAUGGUAUUGUCACGUUUUCGACAAAGAUUGACGCUCUACAAGCGAUGGAUCAAAUGAAUGGAAAGCACCUCUUUUCUAAUCCUGUGCACCUUACUUUACAGGAAGAAAGUGAGGAAGAUGACAAGAGCACGAUAGGAUCCAGGAGGUCAUCUUCAUCUGCUCUAAGUGAUUCUGCCAUAUCAGGUAUUUCUUAUGAGGACAUAUUUGCACAAACACCAUUCUAUCAUACAGUUAUAUACAUAAAAAAUUUACCAAAACAAGCAACAAGGCAUGAAAUUAUAUCCUUAUUACAACAUCAUGGUAUUGUUCACAACCACGAGAUAAUCAUAAAGAAAAGAACGGCAAUCAUAACAAUCGAUACACACGCGAAUGCUACCACUGCCAUAUUUGCCCUACAAGGAUUCUCUCUGGAAGGUCGACCGUUACGCUUAGGUUGGUGGACAAGAGAGAUACAGGGGAAUACCAAGGUGACGAUGGAUAGAUCGCUGGCUAAUCCAGUCAUAUUGGAUACCCCAUUUAUGAGACCACCUGCUCCCAGUUUUGUUCAUGAAGGUGUCUAUGGAAACAAAUACUAUUGAAAUAAAGAUCAUUUGUAAUUAAUACACUAUACAAUUAAAUAAAUUUUUAUUGUUAAAAAUCAGGAAACAAGUGUCUAUAAGGAUCAUUUUGAUCAACCACACCGUAUUGUUCUUGAGUUUCUGGAUAUUUAUCAAAAUGACUUGCAUCACCCUCACCUCUAAUUUGAGGAAUAUAAGGAGCUCUG